CGUCGCCAGUCAAGCCUGACGGUUCACAAUGGCGGCUGCUCGGCAGGAGACCAUUUUCAUGCCAGAGUCACAAGAGGACAUCGUGGGAUACGGCAGGGAGGUGAGAAUCGUGUGCUGAGGUCCCAUCACGCAGACGAGCAUGAUGCAUGCGCCAUGCGCCUGUUUUGUGCAGGACGUGAUAGCCAUGGCGGCGCUGCUGCUGAACGGGACGAAGCGGUGGAUGAUCCUGUCAGACAAACGCAUUGAAUCCUGGGAGGCCGCCACCGACCAGGACGAGGUGGGCCAGGCACAGACAGACCAACACACCAUGCAACGCCACCUGGAGUGUGGUGUGUCAUCAGCCUGUUGCGGUGAUGGAGACCGCCAAGAUCACCAAGGCAGUCGGUACACACACAGACGCUCGCAGAAAGAACAAGGCGGCAUUAGUACUAUGGCAUGGCACUUUUUUGUGUGGUUUGAUGGUCGGUUGAUUGUUUGGCUGCAGCUGAUAUCCACGCCGAGGACCCCUCCCUCUAUGUGGAGGCGGGCGACGACAAGUGGACCAUCGUCGUGUACUCGAAGGAAGGCAGGGCCACACACGACGAGAAAUCAAAGGUCAGUGACUAAGGCGAGCACCGCAACAAUCAUCCAGAGACCUGUCUGUCUGCCUGCCUGCCUUGCUCACCAGGAGCUCUUCAGGUGGAUGGCGGGUCUCAAGAAGAAAGGGGGCGUGCACGUCGACGAGAAGCCGGCCGAGGCCGACUCUGCGGUCUAGCUUAGGUCUAGAGAAAGGCCUGAGGCCAGGCCUACCUUGGUGUGCCUGUCCCUCCGUCGGGCCGUCCUCUGUUCUGGGUCGAUGGGUGGGCGUGCGCGUUUUUCCCGCUUGGUGUACAAAGAAAGCAGCGAUCCGAUCCGUGUCAGUCAGUCAGUGAGGGACGACCAUGGCGUGUUUGUGCGAUUCCCUCACUGAUGUGAUAGGGAGGUAGCCAGGUGGUCCAGGGAUGGAUGGAUGGGUGGACGAGUGAGUGUCCGGAUGACUUCACAGGCGGGGCAUACACAUCUGCCGCGUUGGAGUUUUGUAUCUGUGCCGCACAGGUAUAUACGUGCGCGUGAACGUGUGUGUGUGUGUAUGUGUGUGUGUGUGCGUGUGUAUGUGUGUAUGUGUGUGUGUGUGUG